AUGCUGGAAGAUUUCCGCACCAACAAGCAGAGAGAGUGGAGGUUUGAAAGCAGAAUAAUGAAGCUUGGUUUCUUUCUGUUCUUCCUAGUUCUCUACCUGAUUCUUGAACCUGGGAUCUUCUUGUUACCCCAAGUAGAAGCUGAUGAUCAUGAUGAUGAGUUUGUGAAAGUAAGAGGAGUGCAGCUUAUGUUGAAUGGGAGACCCUACUAUGCUAAUGGUUAUAAUGCCUAUUGGCUGAUGUACAUGGCCUCUGAUCCAUCUCAGAGAAACAAGGUCUCAUCUGUGCUUCAAACAGCUGCAAACCAUGGACUUAACAUAGCUAGAACAUGGGCUUUCAGUGAUGGUGGAUAUAAGCCCCUUCAAUACUCUCCUGGAUCCUACAACGAGGACAUGUUCCUGGGGCUGGACUUUGUAAUAUCAGAAGCCAGAAGGUAUGGGACCAAGUUGGUGUUGUGUUUGGUGAAUAACUAUGAUAACUUUGGAGGAAAGAAACAGUAUGUGGAGUGGGCAAAGAGUGAGGGCCAGUCCAUAGAAUCUGAGGAUGGUUUCUUCACAAACACUGUUGUCAAGGGAUUCUACAAAAACCAUAUCAAGAGUGUGCUCACAAGACGUAACAACUUCACGGGAGUGGUUUACAAAGAUGAUCCAACCAUAAUGGCUUGGGAACUCAUGAAUGAAAUUAGAUGCCCUUCUGAUGAAUCAGGAAACACGGUUCAGGCUUGGAUUACUGAAAUGGCAUCUUACUUGAAAUCCAUAGAUGGAAACCAUUUACUAGAAGCUGGUCUGGAGGGCUUCUAUGGGGUGUCCAAGCAAGACUCUAAUCCAAAUUUCCAUGUUGGAACAGAUUUCAUUGCAAACAACCAAAUCCCUGGCAUUGAUUUUGCCACAAUUCUUAUUUUUCAUGAUAAUGCUGAAUUGGGCAAGGUUAUGAGCAGGUUACCAGGAUCAAGCAAUGAAGAGCAAAUCUUAUUUUUGGUUCGUUGGCUGAACGACCACAUAAAAGAUGCAGAGAGUAUUCAGAAGCCAGUUCUCUUUGCUGAGUUCGGGGUAGCAACAAAAAACAUGAGCACUGACUCAACAACAGUAAGGGACCAAUUUUUCAACUUGGUGUAUUCUGCAAUCUAUUCAUCAGCAAGUGAUAGUGGCCCAGCAAUUGGUGGCUUAUUUUGGCAACUUCUAGCAGAAGGGAUGGAUUCUUUUAGAGAUGGCUAUGAAGUGCCCUUAGAUGAUACUUGCUCAACUGCUAAUUUGAUUGCUCAAGAGUCUCAAAAGCUAAACAGAAUCAGGAUGAAGAAAUCCUUCAGAGUUAAGAAUUCCAAGCAGUGGAAUAAAGCUAGGGAAGUUAAAGACUCAGACAAAUCUUGA